AUGGAUUUUUCUGAGCAACCAAACCAAGAUAUUAAUAAUAACAAUCCCAACAAAGACGAUGCUGCAUCGAUGAUGAUCAUAUCGGAAUCAUCAGAUCAUGAUCAUGAUCAUGAUCAACAUAUCGACGGUGAUGAUGAUCAUCAUCAACAACCAAAUAGAUCAUCAUCAUCAUCAGUAGCAAGGUCUUAUGAGUGUACCUUCUGUAAAAGAGGCUUCUCUAACGCACAAGCUCUAGGAGGGCACAUGAAUAUCCACCGAAAAGACAAAGCCAAGCUCAAACAAUCAGUACCACCUGUUAUACCACCCUUUUCCAUUAUCAACCAUGAAACUACUCAACGACAACGACAACCAUUGGAAACCCCGUCGACGACGACACUAGUAGUUAAUCCCUCCUUCAUCGCCUCUCCAAAUCCCUGGCUUCAUCAUCAAGAUCAAGGUACUAAUAUUAGGAACGAUCAUAAUAUUAAUAUUGAUGAUGAUCGACUUCAAGGAAAAUCUGAUGAUGAUGAAAGUGCUUUAGACCUUGAGCUUAGACUGGGGCGUGUGCCACAGGAUUCGUCAACGUCUUCAAAUAGGGGUACCAGAAAGUUCUUCUGA